AUGAUUCAGACCCUGUGUUGCUUCCAAGUGCAACGUGUGUGUGUGUGUGUGUGUGUGUGUGUGUGUGUGUGUGUGUGUGUGUGUGUGUGUGUGUGUGUGUGUGUGUGUGUGUGUGUGUGUGUGUGUGUGUGUGUGUGUGUGUGUGUGUGUGUGUGUGACCGUUGGGGCAGUGGCAUUUUAUUCGUCCCCGAGCGCUUGUCCUGCUACCACUGGCUGUGCAAGUCGCAGCGGGCGGCAGGCGGCAGCUGGCAGCUGGCAGCAGCACCGGCCUGCCGUUGCUGUCUGGCCAGUAUGGCUGGUGAUGGCCAUGGUGACGAUGCCCCGGCCAAGAUGGUCGGCGGCGGUCGGCUCAAACUCAAACUCAAGGUGAAACGGCCAACGCCCGAGGUCAAGGCGGAGGAAAAACCAAAGAGCAAACCCAAGCCCAAGGCGAAAGCCCGCACUGACCAGGCCGCUCGAGAAGAGGCUGACAGUCUUCUGCCCAUGGCCGACCUGCUCUCACCCGUGGCCUCUUACAAUAAUUUUCAAAUGGACUAUCAUUUCAAUACAAACCUUCGGCAAGCCCUGAACCUCUGUUACAAGGCCGUGACUCAGGUCAAAUCCCCUGAUGGCAAAGGUCUAUGUGCCACCCAUUUUAUGGGCCCGCCCGAGGAUGCGGAUUUGGGGACUUUGAACUCAAACAAGCCCACCAUUUGGCUGGACCAAAUUGCGGAAAAGAUUGAAACAGGCCUCUAUCGUGAUCUGCCUCCCCUCGCCGAAGACGUGCGCAUGCUGACCAACAACGUUCGGGUCCUUUAUCCUGACGACUCGAUCCGCUAUCGACAAGCCGUUGCCAUGCAAGAGGCACUGGCCCCCGUCUACGAGACGGAACUGCGGCGAAUGCGACGUGAACGCGCUCUUUUGAACCUGGCCAAGUCUCUCAAGGAUAGCCAGGAGACCACGGCCAAGCCGCCACCCAAAGAUCCCAGCUCAAAGGCCACCUCCUUUUGCCCAAUCUGCAGUCAGACCUUUGCCGUCCGCUCUUCCAUCAGUCGUCAUCUCAAGCGCAAACACGGUCUAUCCCCGGAGCAAGCGAAGGAGAUGGUUCGCAACCAAGUUGAGCGAGCCGCGUCUCCAUCGCAGGCACCCUCGACAUCGGUACCCGCUACCCCCUCGGCCGCAGAUCAGGAUGCCUCGGCAAGCACGCCCUCGAAGCGUCCACUCGCCUUGAAUGGCAAUCGACUCCCCGAUCAGGUUGACCCAAAGGUCGAGGCCGUCGUUCUCGAGGCUGUGCGAACUGCCAAGGACAUGGUAACGCGUUCCAAGACCCCCGCUACCGUCCGACCGGCCCGCGCCACCAUGUUUAUCGUCAAAAUGGGCAAGAGCAUUUAUCCUCAAGCUGCACUGAAAAUUCUCCAAGAAUGUGGACACCACGUGCCCAUGCACUAUAUUGAACUGACGCGGCUUGCGCAAGAAAAAGGCUACGUCACGAGCGUGACCAGCACCACACCUGGCACGAUGAAUUCCCAGCUCAACCGAUGCCUCGACUUUUACCCAACUGGUGACGGCUUCUUUGGUCUCUGUGAAUGGCGCGACGACUGUGGCGUCGUGCCCGGCCCGCCCGUCGCUGGUAGUGGAAGCAAGGCUGCUGAAGAGGGCGUUGGUGAACAUCCCACUGACGAGAUGGUGCAUCACAGCGAGGCAUCAGCGCGCAUGCUGCCGCCACCCGAGCUCACGGCCAUUAUUGCCAUGGAAUUGGCUGUGGAGCGUCAACUCAGGCUCUCCUCUUUGGUCCCCGUUCUGGAGGCUGUGGUGGCCCAGCAAGAAGCUGAGCUGGUGCGCUCGCGCAUGGCCGACUACGAGUGCCAAGUUCACUCGGCCAAGAGCAAGGUGGACAAGCUUCGUCAGGACUUUGAACAGCAACGCAAGUUGUUCCGGGCCAAGCGAGCUCAAGAGGAGGCAGCCAAAGCAGCCAAGGCCAAGCAAGCUAAGCUCGAAGAGGAUGGCCUUCCUGAAGAGGAGGGCGAUGAGGAUGAUAUGGCGCCCCCGGGUUCAAGCACAGACGGGACGGCCGGCAAGACCGAGUCGGAUGCGGACCGGCGAGCGCGCAGCAUGUAUGACUAUUGGCGCGAUGAGUUCUGCUCCCCUUCGCUGCGUCUUUUGAAAACCCACCACCACCACCCGCCCCAGGCCGAUGGGCCUGAGCAUUACGUGACUCGCAUGCCCUGGCUGCAGCGUGCGCUGGGCUACGAUAUGAUGGGAGAUGCUGUUUAGAUGACGUCUGAUAAGGGUGAUGUGCUCUUCGACCUUGUAAACACUUCUCCAUUUACAGCGUGUUUAAACGACUUGAUUUUUUUAAAUUCUUUUUAGCCAACCUUCUUGUACUUUUCCACGAGACCGCCCUUUGCAAGGGGGUCUUUGGGCCGCUUGCUCUCUUUUUUUUUGAUGAGAAGUGGAAGUGGUUUCUUUUCCUGUUUGAGGUUCUGCUGUGCAGACUUGUUGUCGCGCUCGCGUCUUUCUUGAACCGUGUUUGUUGUGUUUGUCACA